UUCCUCGUGCUGGACUCUGGCGGCCAGCCCGAGCUUCUGGAGAUGAUGCCCGUCUUCCUGAGGGGUGCGUCCAAAUUCGUCUACGUCUUGAAGCUCCACGAGUCUCUUGACAAGCGAGCGACGAUCCGUUACUUCAAAGACGGCAAGCUAGUGUGGGGAGUACCCAGCCUACCUGACCAACGAAGGGACCCUGAGACUGUGCGUGCGGACCAUGAGGUCCCUGAACAACAAGAAACCCCGACAUCCCUCCCGCCAAAAUGAUGUUUCUGGCCACCCACCGAGACAUGGUGGCAGACGAGCAGCUGCCCGGAGUGCUGGACACUCUGCACAAGAGGCUGAGGGAGAUCCUCUUGCCUCAGUUCAGGGAGCAGCUCAUCUACUGCGAUACGGAACGGGACGACUUUGUCUUCACACUGAAUGCGGCAAAGCCGGAAAAGGAGGACAGGGAGUGUGCAGAGAUCAUUCGGGAGUGUCUCAGUCGAGGAGGGGAGGGGGGAAGGGAGGUGAAAGUGCCGUUGCGAUGGUACGCUCUGUACCAGAAGCUGCUGGAGGUGGCAAAUGAACUGGGGAAGAAGGUGCUGCCUCGAGAGCUGUGCCAGCAGGUGGCAGAGUCGAUGGAGAUGGAUGACGAGUCGUGUGGGGAAGCCCUGAACUUCUUUGACGGUCUGAACAUGCUUUUCUACUUCCCCGACAUCCUGCCCCAGCUGGUGUUCAUGGAGCCACAGAUGUUGCUGGAUAAGGUCUCGGAGCUGGUGGAGGAGACCUACCACAUGAGGCAGGGAAAGAAAGCCGUGCCGGGGGAGAAGCUGAGGUUCCGUGACCACGGCGAAGUGACGGAAAAGUUUCUGGGCGAGUUCGAGAGCCACUACGAGCCACCUCUGUUCACACCCAAGGAGCUGGUGACCCUGCUAAAGGGGUUGCUGGUGUUUGCGGAGAUGUCGAAGGACGUGUACUUCAUGCCGUGUCUGCUGCAAGUGGUGGCGUGGAAGGUGGUGGAGGAACACCGAGUGAGUGGCGGGAAAGCCCUGGCUCUUCACUUCCCCGACAGCGGUCCCCUGAUGGGAACGUUCUGCUCCACUGUAGCUUACCUCCUGUCCCCCGAAAACAGUCACCCCUGCCCCUGGAGAGUGGUUCAGAACGAGGCAGGAGCUCCGGAAUGCCUCCAUCGCAACGUCAUCGAGUUCACCGUUUCAGACUACGCAGGCGCUGUGUCACUCAUCGAUCACUUCACCCACUUCGAACUCCACAUACACACCGCAGAGGACCACGAGGCCGAGCUGUGGAAACUGGCACACGACGCAGUGUUUGCAGGUCUCAAGAAAGCAGGGAAGACCAUCGGCUACACAAACAACACUCCAGUCCCAGCCAUCGUAUGCCCCGCCCACCCCCACCCAGCCAAACCCCACCCUGCCACCGUUAAGAAGGGAGUGUGGACUUGCUCAAUCAGCUCCAAAAACUUUGGGAAAGUUGCCGAGGUCUCAGUUCCAUGGAUGUCUGUCUGCACUAGUCACUCUGCUGAGUCAGCCACGUCCUCUCCCUCCUCUUCAUCUUCUGCAGUUCCCUCCACCUCCCAGCCUCCCCUCUCUGUCUCCUCUACCACUGCCACCACUACUACCAACACUCCUGCAAUUCAUGAGAAGAAGAAAGAAGAUGAUGAGAUCAAUGAUCAGGACCUUGCUGUAAUUGCCAGGGACCACCUCACUCAGUGGGAGAAACUCCACCCUUUCCUGGGACUCAACAGAGCUCAGAAGAAGGAGAUCGCCAGAUCCUACCCGGGAGACUACGGACUGCAGAAACAAGAGUGUCUGGAGGUGUGGAAGGAGAAGAUCGGAAGAGAGGCCACGUACCGAGCCCUCAUCUCGGCCGCAGAGAAGGCCCGAGGACAAAGAGUUAGCGGACAACAUCAGAGACAUGUUAGAGAAGACGUGAACAUUAUACCACCAACCACCACUGUCUGUUGCUACCACCCACUGUCUGUUUUCUCCUUACCUUCCAGCAUUAACUGCACACUACACAAAGGCUCCAUUCCAUUCUCAUUUCCCAUUCUCAAUCUCACAUUCAUCACCAAUGCGCUUUCUUUAAUUAUUCAUCGCAUCCGCGUGCACUGACUGACUACCGCAUGCGCGUAAUUAGUCGCUAGCGCGCGAAGAGUGAUUCUGCUGGUGUUGCACACGUGGUGGAGCAGUGAGCAAACCUUCAUCGUCGGUCCAGCAGUAGUAGAAAGGUAUCCCUCUCCUCUGGCCUCGUCUCCAUGUCCUCCUCGUCAACCGCUAGUGGAGACGACGGCUCCAGACGACAGCUGAGUGUCGCUAGAAUCUUCUCAGACGAGAAUGGAGAGACCCACUUCGGAUCUUUCACCAUCUCCAUGACUGUCUCUGGAGACAUUGGGUGCCUGUCAGAGAAAGUGAGGUGUUCAGAGGUGAUAGUAUUCCGACAUACCCCAGCCACAUAUGACUAUUCCUGGCACAACGCUCCUCGCAGGCCAGUCCUCUUAUCAGCUACUCUCUCAAUGUCUCUGAAACACGUCAUAUGUCUUCAUCUCCGUCGUCUCUCACAAUGUGUUUUUUCUUCCAUUAACAUAUACUGUUUCUUGCUGAACUCAAGGUUUUGUUUUCUUCACCUCUCUCCCUCCCUCUGCCCCGUAUUUCCCCAAGUCAGACAGUUCAUAGUCAAUCUAGAUGGAGAUGUGGAGGUUGAAGUCAGCAGUGGAGAGAAGAGAGUCAUCACACGUGGUCAAGUCUUCUUUGUUGAAGAUAUCACAGGAAAGGGACAUUACUCCAGAUCAGUAGACGGGAGGCCAAGACACUCCAUAUUCAUCCCAGUUCCAGAUGACUUUGUAGCUCAAGACUGCUAGUCCACUUAUCACACAUGCAUAAUCAAUAUCAUGAGUUUUAA